AUGGAACGUAAAUGUUUCUGUAUCAAGCUUCCACGGACGGAUGUUAUGCACACUAUUUUAGCGAUUGUCUUUACUAUAGCUUAUAUUGUUGUGGCAGCUUUUGAAUCGCAGAACCACGUGGAUAAUAUAAAAAUGAAUGUAAAUGCAUACUUCUCAUUUGGGCAUUACACCGAUAUCAUCACGGCUUCCUUCCCCGCUAUUUCGAAUUUAUGUCUUUUGAUAAAAAGAAAUAAGCUCUCUAAAGUUGCACAAGACAUCAUUAACAUAAAUGAAUCUUCCGGAAUGCAAGGGACUUCAUGCAACAGUAAGAAGUGGCACUGCGUCUUUGUGCUGGUUUUGCUCCUGGAAUAUUUGUACGAACUCGGAAACGAGGGGUUUAUCAUGUUGUUGACUCCAUCGGAUUAUACAUUUUAUCCCUCGAUAUUUCUGAUUUGGCUCGUUCUGCGGCAGUUCGCAGACCGCUUUUCUAUUCUCAGAUUCUAUUAUGGACAGCUUUUAGAUCUCUUGAACAUCCCAUGGGUUGAUAAAGAGAAGUUGGUCAAGUAUCAUGAGGUGCUCGGAUGCUGCAGUACAACGCUGUGGGAGUGUUACGCUCUGCAGAUGACUAUUUUCGUCGUCUUCAGUUUUGUACUUUCUGUGAGUUAUCUUUACUUGGUGAUAGAUUCGUACUUAAGAAGUGGUACGUUGACGGCCUACCAUUACGUUUAUUUGUUUUGGCCGAUUAUGUAUUGUUUCUUCAUCUGGCUCAUAGUGUAUUCAUGUGCAGAAACAAAAAAUAUGGCAAAGAAAUUUGAUAAGAAGUUAAGCCAGUUGAUAAUGAAUGAUGUCACAAACAAACUUAUAAAUAACAAAAGGAUCAUGCACCACUAUAAAGUGAAGUUCAAAGAUUUUUCCGCUAUGGGAUUUUUCAAUUUCGACUACCCUCUACUCUUUUCGAUGGUUUCCACUGCUACUACCUACAUUGUAAUUUUAGUCCAAUUUUCUGGAAGAGAUGAUUCCCAAUGA